GAGCGAUUUUGUAUUAUUUGAACUAACAAAUUUCUGUUCAAAACUUUUGAGAGUUUUUAUUAAGUUCUUGUGGCAGUUGUCCCCAAAUAAACGGAUAAAAUGCGUCCUGCGACAUAUACCAGUUCGGCGCUAGUCAGCGCUCUUACGCCCUACUUUUGGGCUUUCUCCUUAUUCGCUGUUGUAUUGCCGCCGUGUGUCAUAUUACGCACAGUUCCAACACAACGUCAAUGGUCGUUGCAAUUAUUUCGCGCAUUUUUCGCUCUAUAUAUACUGGCACAACUGGCUACCAGCUGUCGGGUUACCUACAUAAACAGCGCGAUGAUCAGUCGAUUUGUAGUGCGUAGCUCCUCGGAUGGUAUCACUUGGCUUUUAAGUUUAGGCAUUAAUGUCGUACAGCUUAUAGUGCAAAUAGUGUUAUAUUAUCAAGCGUUAACUGGUCACCAGCUUCUAACGAAUAUGCUUUUCAAUGUGAUGGAACUAGAAAGGGAUAUAAGGCAACACUGUAAGAAUGAGUGCACCUUGGCGUCUAUACGUUGGCGGUUUCGUCUGCGUAUCGGUGUGUGGUUUCUAAUAAUUUGUAUUGUCUUUCCAUAUCUCAACUAUGAGCUCGCUACCACAUCACUCACACCACUUCCACGAGUCUUAACGGUCUUGUUUUGUACAAUUGUGCAAUUGAAAGGUGUCGAAUACUGUAUGAAUGCCCAAUUGGUGCAGGAACUUUUACAUCUGGUCCAAAAACAGCUGUUACAUUUGAGACAUGAAUUGUUGCGCUGUGAAGACGUGGAACGUCGUAGAAUUAUAUACACCGAUUUGCAAACGAAUCAAAAUCUUUUGUCGCGUAUUUGGGAUCUUCUAAAUCAAGUGGAGCGAUAUUUUUGUAUACCAAUGCUUACGUUAUUCUUCUACAAUGGAUUUUCUAUAACACAAACGAUUCAUUGGGGUUACAUCAAUUUCGAACUUGAUGAUUUAAACUUACGAUUAUGUCGCAUUGCCUUUGCCGUUGUAAUAAUUACUACUUUGUUUAUACCAUGCUAUUUCAGUCAGUGCUGUAUUGAUGAGUAUAACCGUUUUGGCACGAUGUUACACAAACUCAAGACUGUGGGCAUUGACGAGCUUCUUGCAAUGCGUCUACAAGAAUAUUCACUUCAACUCAUGCAUCAACAAAUGAUGUUCACUUGUGGCGGUUUAUUUGAUAUAAAUCUGAAGAAUUUUGGUGCGAUAAUAUUGACUAUUACAACAUAUGUUGUCAUACUAAUUCAAUUUAAAUUGCAAGCGGAAACCGAAAGGCAAUCGAGUUUUGAAACUCGAUAUGAAUAAGCUUUCUUACAAAUGUACAAAAAUGUGUAAAUGAAAGGCAAAAUAAAUUUAAAAACUA